AUGCCGUAUCCCACCCCUGCUCUCACUGGCUGUGCUAUCGCUGUUACAAAGCAAUACUUCUAUCACCUCGGAGGAUUCGACCCCGGACUGGAGAUAUGGGGAGGGGAACAUUUUGAGCUGGCGUUCAGAACGUGGAUGUGCGGUGGAGCUGUUGAAGUUGUCCCUUGUUCUAUUGUAGGACACUUGUACAAACUACUGACACACGACUUCCUGGGAGAUGUUGAUACUAUACGGGAUAAGAACAACUUGCAAGUGGCUGAAAUAUGGAUGGACGAAUAUAAAGACUUCAUAUAUGCGUCCUACAGAUCAGAACGUAAAAUACCGACCUUCACUCAAAAAGAAUUGAAAUCCAUUGAGGCAAGGAAGGAGCUGAGACAAAGACUGAAAUGUGGUAGCUUUAAAAACUAUUUGGAGAUGUUCCCGGAACUGAAGAUACCCACUAAGGAUAGUAUAUAUUACGGUGCAGUGAAGAAUAGCAACACCUCCUACUGCUUAGUGGUACAACCCAAUGGUAACGUUGGAGUAGGGGAUAAUCGGUGUGGUGACUGGAGACUACUUCCCGAGGAACAGUUCAUUAUUGACAGAAAGGGGAGGUUGAUGUUUGAAGAACUAUGUGUGGGUAUGGACGGAAAUACGACAUUGCUGAGAGCCAGUAAAAUUAACUGUGAUGAUUCAACAUCACUGUGGACAUGGAAUACGAACAAAGGAGGGUACAGAGGAUUGCUUGAACUUUCUGGUCCCACAGGUCGUUAUUGUAUGGUACAUCACCAAGGUGACAUGGGAACCCAGAAACAAGAUGUGGUUGAACUGACAUCUUGUAAUAAUACAGCCUCCAAUCAACUGUGGUCAAUUGCUCAUGAAUUUGAUUUUGGCGACAGUCCUUAA